AAUUUACAAGCAAGAAGCAUGGUAUUCUCCAGCUAGGGAGAAACGGGAGGCAUCUGGAUAUUUGGAAUACCGACUUGUAAAUGUACGAAAGAGAGCACAAAAAAGUGCACCAAUUGCAUCGGAGCCAAAGAAGACACCCAAAGCCACCAUGGGAGACUUAACAGAUGACUUGUCAGAAGAAGAUUGUGCUUCAAUGAAGACGUGGUUGAAGUUUAACAUUGAGCCAAAGGAUACUCUAGUCAGCUACAUGGCAAAAACUUGUAAAGCAAGAGCAUCUUGGCUCCGGGAAUACCAGAAAUCACCUAUCAAUGACUGGCCACGACUUCUGGACACACCAGGCAUGAUUCAGCAGGACUUCAGGAUUCUUUAUCCAGAGGUUGCAGAUAAGCUGUUCUUAGAGUGGCCCAAAAUAGCUCCCCUGGUACUGAAGUAUGCAGACCUCCAUAACCCGACAUGGCGGGAAUCUUUGACUGUUCCACAUCUCGCAUCUUCUGACUUGACAUGUCCUGCAGCAGAAGUGGAGACCAUGGCACUUCUUGCGCUUCCUCAAAUCAUGCCUCCAGGAAUGAAGAAGGUGGGGAAGCGUAGUAUGAGAUGCAGCAGGACAGAAUCAUCCAAAGCCUUCAUCAACAUCGGCCCAGUGGGGACAAACCUUCCAGAGUACGUAGAGAACUGCCAGCAAAAGCAACCUUUUGUGCUCGCCCUUGGGGACAUCCUCAAGCCAGAGCAAGUGUUCGUUAUUUGCGAUGGUGCUGCCUUGGAAGCAAUGUCUCUCAUUCACGGAGUGGACCUUUGCUUUAAGGCCGUCUAUAUUCUGUGGGUCAAUUAUCCUUGGGAGGCAGCCAACACUUAUGACUGUCUGCAGAAAGUCAAUUACAAGAUGGAUGAUGGAAACCCCAACUGCAAGACCACAAAGCCAUUUACUAAUGGUAACAAGUGA